AUGAGACGAACGUGCUUCAUCCUCCUGCUGAUGAGUCACGCCGUCUCGGUCUCCACACAGUUUAAUGGCUACAACUGUGACGCCAACCACCACAGCAGGUUUCCUGGCGAGCGGGACAUCAGUGUGUACUGCGGGGUGCAGACCAUCACCUUGAAGAUCAACUUCUGCCCGGUGCUCUUCUCCGGCUACACCAAUGCAGACUUGGCUCUGAACGGUCGCCACAGCGACGCCCAAUGCCGCGGCUUCAUCAACAACAACACCUUCCCCACAGCGGUCCUGUUCAGCAUCAGUCUCAGCACUCUGGAGGCCUGCGGUAACAGCCUGGUGGUCAGCACUGCCUACGGGGCCAAUGCCUAUGGAAACAUGUCUCUGGUACAAAUUGGGAAUGUCUCAGGCUAUAUCGACACCCCUGACCCGCCGACUAUAAUCAGCUACCUGCCGGGUUUGCUGUAUAAAUUCAGCUGCAGCUACCCGCUGGAGUACCUCGUCAAUAACUCGCAGCUGGCAUCCUCCUCUGCUGCCGUGUCUGUCAAGGACAGCAACGGUACAUUUGUGAGCACACUGAAUUUGAUCCUGUACAACGAUUCAACGUACAGUCACCCUCUUUCUAUUCCGAUGGCUGGACUGGCUUUGAAAACCAGAGUGUUUGCUGCAGUGAAAGCCACAAACUUAGACAAACGGUGGAACAUCUUGAUGGACUACUGUUACACGACCCCCUCAGGGAAUCCUAAUGAUGAACUCCGCUAUGACCUUUUCUUUGGCUGCUACAAAGAUCCACAGACAACAGUCUUUGAGAACGGGAAGAGUCAGAUGGGCCGUUUUUCCUUCGAGGUUUUCCGUUUUGUGAAACACAGACACCAGAAGAUGUCAACAGUGUUUUUGCACUGCGUCACCAAGCUCUGCCGGGUAGACGACUGCAUCAUGCUCAUGCCAAUUUGUGGCCGACGGCGCAGGCGGGAUGAAGGGGAGAGCCCCGAUUCCCCACCAGCGGCAUCUGGGAACGCUGUCAUCACCGCUGGACCAAUUAUCACCAGGAGCGAUGAAACACCUGUCGACAACUCUCAACUUGCUUCUGGUGACCCCUCCCAGCCAAUAAACUCGGUGACCAGCGCUCUGAUCUCAGGCGUGGUCAUCCUGGGCGGGGUCAGCGUGGGCUUCUUCCUGCUGUCAGUCCGCCUCCUGCAGAAGUCCCGCCUCCCAUCGCGCACAGCCUCAGGUGUUUGGAACCCCACCUUUAAAUGA